AUGACCUCAAAUGACCGCCAUGCCUCCCAUGACUCUCCCUACCGGACCGGUCAACAUGUCACUGUCGGACAGAGUCACCAUGCGCCCCUGACUUCAGUCGCCACCAGUGCCGUUGACUCCCACCAAGACCUCUCGCAGACAUACCACGAUGAAUCCAAACGACCCUCAGUCUCCUCAACUCAGCUGGCCCAGUCACCUGCCAGACCAUACUCCCCCGGCAUGCGUUCCGUGUCAUCUCCCAAGCGUGCUGGCCCGGAGGAAGUCGUCUCCCCCGGCGAGAUUCAAAUGCAGAACUUUGCUGAUGGCGCACCUCCUCCCCCACCGGUGGCUCAUUCCUGGAAGAAGAUCGACCGCUGGGCUGAGAAGAACUAUCCAGAGCUUUGGGAUCAGCUGGGCGAAGGCUGUACGCAAAAUGACAUUAACGAGCUGGAACACGAGUUGAACAUGUCAUUACCGCAAGACGUGCGCGAGUCCCUCGCCAUCCAUGAUGGGCAAGAGCGCGGUGGCAGACCAACUGGGAUUAUUUUUGGUUGCAUGCUGCUAGAUUGCGAAGAAAUUGUCCAGGAAUGGAAGAACUGGCAGAUUGUCAACGAGGAGUAUCUGGCCGGUACGCGGAAACCAUCCUACAGCUCCAAGGGCCUCAGUAACGGCGCUUCCUCGUCAACCCAAGCCCAUGGCAAUCGGUUCUGGAGACAAGAACUGCUGGAUAGACAGGAGUCACAACCCCCCAACGCCAUCCAGAAAGCUUAUGUUCACCCCAGUUGGAUUGCUCUGGCCAGAGAUUGGGGCGGUAACAAUAUCGCCAUCGACCUGGCACCCGGCCCAAUGGGCGGAUGGGGCCAAGUCAUUCUGUUUGGCCGCGAUUACGAUUGCAAGUAUGUUGUUGCGCGGUCGUGGGCACACUUUUUGGCCACGGUGGCAGAUGACCUGAGCACCGAGAAGGUCUUUGUCGAUGAGGAUACGGGCGAGCUGAAGCUGAAGGAAUUCAAGACCGAGACAGUCGAGCCUGCCUACAUGGAUAUCUUGCGUUGGAGGGCAGAUCAAAAAUAUGGGCGGAGAGGACCGAAACGGAGAUCUCAGCCAGCAGGAUUGAAUAACAGCUCAGUGGCACAGAACGGCCGGCACUCCCCUUACAACAGUCCAGUUGUUGGUGAAGAUCGAGGUCGGUCGCCUCACCGGUUUUCGCGGGGACCUACUGGCAGCCCGAGACAUACGGUCAGCAGUCCUCUGGCUCGCGUCCAAGAGGAAAUUGCACAACCGCAAGCCAUUCGUCCUGGUGGAGAUGUGGUAAGAGACUUCGCUGAAGCUACCGAAGAUUCAGUUAGUGAAGGCAAGAAACGAGCCACUCCCGCGCCCAUAGAUUCACAGGUGGCAACUUCCACCAAGCAAGCUGGAGAAAAGCUGGUCGACGUCUCGACACCCGCUUCGUUGAAGAGCGCAGAUUCGAAAGAUUUCCCCCCUACUCGACUCAACCGCGUCCUGACAGCUGGCAACAAUGAAACCAAAGACGACAAAUUGAAGGAGCCAGAAGCCGAGGUCAAGGGCUUAGGGGUUAAUGGGAUCGAGGAAGAAAUGAAGACGGUGGCGAUUUAA